AUGGCACUAAAAUAUAUCCUGAUUACUGUCCUUUUUAUUCAUACCUCGCAACUAUGUCAUUGUCAAUACGACAACCCGGAUCUGAACCAACUUUUGGCCGAAUAUAAACGGCCCAAGGUCAAGGAUGUUGGGGUCAAAUGUUACACUGGAGUUCAGAACUUUGAGAACCAAUUCCCCUUUGAUAAUGUGACCAUAGCGCCGUGCAGGGCCAAUGAGAAUUGCUGCUAUAUGAUGAGUGAGUUUUAUUUUUAUUUUUGGAUUUUGUAGCGUCGUCAGGGGCAUGACUAGCUUAAAGACUAAUCAAUGGGGCCAAUGAAUAAAGUGAUAAGGGGGCCAAGGUAAUUUUCGCGAAAUUUUUUACAUCGUGACGCGUCAUGACGCCCCAGAAUUUUUGCUCAGCUACGCCUAGGCAUGGCUCCGAGGUUGAGAAAAUUUGAAGAGAUUUGAGGGGGCAGGGCCGCGAUUUUCGGCCCGGCCGGUCCCCAACCAUGUCUAUUAUAUAGCUACGCCCCUGGGCGCCGCAGCUUGAAAACAUCACACUUCUACAUCGCAUUUAUUAGCAUAAAUUACAAGAGAAGUGCUCAAAAUGCGACGCUCAAAUUAUCUUAUUGUUAAAUCUUUGCGUGUUGGGAAUACAGGCUGAAUUAAGCCUUAACAGUUGUAGCUCACGCCUUGCAGUUCCAGGCGGGCUAAGAUUUAUGGAUUUUUAGAGAUCGUUGUUAUCAAAAAUCACGGAAAAUGCGGAGCGCAGUCAGAGAGCGAAGAUUUUUUGGAUAGACCUUCGUUUAUCUCGCGCGUUGACUUUUUGCACCGUGUAAGCCCCAAAAAUCACUCCAGUGUCGGAAAAAUAAUGCCGUAACGAAAAUCGCAUUGCUGCUGAGAAAAAUGUGUCCCGACAAAAUCAAAAUGCUUUUCACUUCAGCGGCACGAUCGGCGCAGCGACAUUGCGGUCACUAUUUCCCCGACAGACCGAAAGGCAAAAAAGAAAACUGGCUUUUUCAAAAAAAGGUUGAAACUUGCCAUACACAAAAUCUCGUUUUAGACGGGCAGUGUAGCUAGUUUGAAUUGCAUUUUGACGGCUUCAGAAAAAAAGAAAAAUACACCAUUUUUUUAUUAAGGUCAGCAUAUGACACUUCCAUUACCCCUCACCACUGUAAACCUCUUUUCCAGGUUCCCUGAACGGCACCCAUUACGGCUGCCACGACGAUUGUCCAGAACAGCUCAAGACCUUCCUGUGUGGGCCCGACCCGGACAGCGGCCUACAAGACAUCUACUACUGUUACUGUCGUGACGAACGGGACCCCAACUGUCAGCCAAGCGAAUACAAAAUCAAAGGGAAACGGUCGAUUCCAGCGCCAAGACUUAUUCACUCACAACUGGGACUUGUUGCCGCGAAAAGCAAGCGAAAAUAA